AUGUCUCCAACCGGGAACCGCGCCGACUGGGCUGACGACGAGGAUUUCGAUGACCCCUCCGUGCUCCCGCCGCAAGAAGUGAUCGCGAACAAGGACGGCACCAAGACCGUGAUUUCCUACCGCUACAACGAUGACAACAAGAAAGUGAAGGUCACCCGCCGAAUUAAGACCACUAUUGUCCGCGAACACGUCAACCCCCAGGUCGCCGAACGCCGCAAAUGGGACAAGUUCGGUCUCGAGAAGGGCCACGCCGUCGGUCCCUCGUUCGACACCACUUCCGUCGGCGAGAACAUUGUCUUCCGUCCCAGCGUUAACUGGAAGGCCAACGCUAAGGAGGCUGAGAAGGAGGGUGGCGAGAAGGGCAGCAUGAAGGACCAGUUGAAGGACAAGAAGGUCAAGUGUCGUAUUUGCAGUGGAGAGCAUUUCACGGCUCGCUGUCCCUUCAAGGACACUAUGGCCCCCGUCGAGGAGGGCACUGCUGCUGCUGCUGCUGGCGCCGAGGCAGAGGACGAUGCGGGUGGUCUUGGUGCUGGAAAGUCCAGCUACGUUCCUCCUCACAUGCGGAAGGGCGGUGCUGGUGGCGGCGAGAAGAUGGGUGGUCGUUUCGAGAAGGACGAUUUGGCGACUCUGAGAGUUACAAACGUCAGCGAGUUGGCAGAGGAAAACGAGUUGCGGGAUCUCUUCGAGCGUUUCGGUCGUGUCACCAGAGUCUUCCUUGCACGGGAUCGGGAAACCCAGAGGGCCAAGGGCUUUGCUUUCAUCAGCUAUGCGGAUCGUGGCGACGCAGCACUUGCUUGCGAGAAGGUGGAUGGCUUCGGUUACCGCCACCUUAUUCUCCGCGUCGAGUUCGCCAAGCGCACUACUUAA